AUUUCUGCGGACUCACUCUCGUCGCCUCUCGAUCUCUGAGUCUACGUCUCUUUGUCUCUUAAUUUUCAAAUUCUCUUGCAUUUGAUCUCUAGCCUACGGUAUUCAAUUAGCGAUGGCGGAGACAGAGACGUUUGCUUUCCAGGCCGAGAUCAACCAGUUGCUCAGUUUGAUCAUCAAUACCUUUUACAGCAACAAGGAGAUCUUUCUUCGUGAGCUAAUCAGCAAUGCCUCCGAUGCUCUGGAUAAAAUCAGAUUUGAGAGCUUGACAGAUAAGAGCAAGCUUGAUGCUCAACCUGAGCUCUUCAUCCAUAUUAUUCCUGACAAAACAAACAAUUCCUUGUCCAUUAUUGACAGUGGUAUUGGCAUGACCAAGGCCGAUUUGGUGAACAAUCUCGGUACCAUCGCAAGGUCUGGUACCAAGGAAUUUAUGGAGGCUUUGGCUGCUGGAGCAGAUGUUAGCAUGAUUGGGCAGUUUGGUGUUGGUUUCUACUCAGCAUACCUGGUUGCUGAGAAGGUCAUCGUGACUACCAAGCACAAUGAUGAUGAACAGUAUGUUUGGGAGUCCCAGGCUGGAGGAUCAUUUACUGUUACCAGAGAUGCCUCCGGUGAGAAUCUUGGUAGGGGCACAAAAAUUACCCUCUUCCUCAAGGAAGACCAACUUGAGUACCUUGAGGAACGCCGCCUGAAGGACCUGAUCAAGAAGCACUCAGAGUUUAUUAGCUAUCCAAUCUCUCUCUGGAUUGAGAAGACUACCGAGAAGGAGAUCUCUGAUGAUGAGGAUGAGGAAGAGAAGAAGGAUGAGGAAGGGAAGGUUGAAGAUGUUGACGAGGAGAAAGAAAAAGAAGAGAAGAAGAAGAAGAAGAUCAAGGAGGUGUCCCAUGAGUGGUCGUUGGUGAACAAACAGAAACCAAUCUGGAUGAGGAAGCCAGAGGAGAUCUCUAAGGAAGAAUAUGCUGCUUUCUACAAGAGCCUUACCAAUGAUUGGGAGGAGCAUUUGGCUGUUAAGCACUUCUCAGUUGAAGGCCAACUUGAGUUCAAGGCUAUCCUCUAUGCUCCUAAGAGGGCACCUUUUGAUCUGUUUGACACAAGGAAGAAGCCCAAUAACAUCAAGCUCUAUGUGAGACGUGUUUUCAUCAUGGACAAUUGUGAGGAGUUAAUUCCUGAGUAUCUUGGAUUUGUGAAGGGUAUUGUUGAUUCUGAGGACCUUCCCCUCAACAUCUCAAGAGAGAUGCUGCAACAGAACAAGAUCCUGAAAGUUAUCCGUAAGAACUUGGUGAAGAAGUGCAUUGAACUCUUCUUUGAGAUUGCUGAAAACAAGGAAGAUUACAACAAAUUCUACGAGGCAUUCUCUAAGAACCUCAAGCUUGGUAUCCAUGAGGACUCCCAAAACAAGACUAAGCUUGCUGAAUUGCUUCGAUACCACUCCACCAAGAGUGGCGAUGAGAUGACUAGCCUCAAGGAUUACGUGACCAGAAUGAAGGAGGGCCAAAAUGAUAUCUACUACAUCACUGGUGAAAGCAAGAAGGCAGUUGAAAACUCCCCAUUCCUUGAGAAGUUGAAGAAGAAGGGCUAUGAAGUCCUUUUCAUGGUUGAUGCUAUCGAUGAGUAUGCUGUUGGUCAGCUCAAGGAGUUUGAAGGCAAGAAGCUUGUUUCUGCCACAAAGGAAGGUUUGAAAAUUGAUGAAAGUGAAGAUGAGAAGAAAAGGAAGGAAGAACUCAAGGAGAAGUUUGAGGGUCUCUGCAAGGUAAUAAAGGAUGUGUUGGGAGACAGGGUAGAAAAGGUUGUUGUCUCAGACCGUGUUGUGGAUUCUCCCUGCUGCUUGGUCACGGGUGAAUAUGGGUGGACUGCCAACAUGGAAAGAAUUAUGAAAGCACAAGCUUUGAGGGACAGCAGCAUGGCUGGGUACAUGUCAAGCAAAAAGACAAUGGAGAUCAAUCCAGAAAAUCCCAUCAUGGAGGAACUAAGAAAGAGAGCUGAUGCUGACAAGAACGACAAGUCGGUGAAGGAUCUUGUGCUGCUACUAUUCGAGACUGCUCUGCUCACAUCUGGAUUCAGCCUUGAUGACCCAAAUACCUUCGGUAACAGGAUCCACAGGAUGUUGAAGCUUGGAUUGAGCAUCGAUGAGGAUGCUGGUGAGGGAGAUGCUGACAUGCCGGCCUUGGAGGAUGCUGAUGCCGAUGCUGAGGGUUCCAAGAUGGAGGAAGUUGAUUAAGCCCUUAGCCUAUCACUUGUGAUUUUAACUUCUUACUAGUGUUGUGGUACUGUUUUAAGUAUGUUAGCUAUUACAUCGUUCCUGAGAUAUUUGGAUAGUGUUUUGAACUUCCUGGUUAGAUGGUUCUCUAUUUUUGGUUUUGAUUAUUUCCUUAAUGCAGUAAGGUUUAGCAAUUA